CAGAGCAGACCGAGGACCUCGUCCACAUCUUCAGUAAAAACUACCAGGAUAUCAAGUAUGCUGCCCAAACCAUGGUUCUUCCUGCUGUUCAGUGGAAUGAUUACAUGUGGGGAAGGCACAAACCAUUUCAGGGGUCAGAACAAGGAAGUGAUGGAUUUUCAAAUUGCAAAGAAAAAUCAAGACCUCACCACAGCCGAGGAGAUGAGAACCCAAACCAAGCUUGUGAUGCAACCGUAUGCUAACUGGGAGGAGUAUCUGACUCCUGCUCCACUCUCUGUAGCCAUCCUGGGAGAGCUGGUCUUCAUCUCCUCCAAAACUGAUUUCUCCAUCAACAAGAACCCACCUAAAGAUGGCUACAAGUUCAUCAGAUACCCAGAGUCAUUUCGUGCCUGCCUCAUGCAGGUGUGUAACUCAGGCUGGUGGGCUUUCAAUGUGGCCCAUAAGAACAUGGAUCAGAUUAGACUCCACACCAUGGCAGUUCCAGAUUACAUGAAGAUGGCUGUGAAGAUCCUGUUCCAAGGCAAUGAUGAGGUUGUUGAAGCCCACCUCCCUGACCAGCUGGAGAACAUCCGUGUCAUUGCAGAUGACUGUCUUGAGCUGGCCAGUUCAACAGAAAAACAUUUUGAAGAUGUCAUCAACAUUAUCCAAGAACUGCUGGAAGCAUGUGUAAAUGCUGAGCACUUUUAUGGAGAGGAGCUGGAUGCUAUCAAGAAGAAACUGGAUGAGACCAAGCUGAGGAAACAGUCAUCAGAAGAAGCUGCUAAACGCUCAGAGAAAGCAAUGAAGGAUAUGGAAAAGCAACUGAGCGAAGCACAUGAAACAUACAAGAGUGCAAUGGAUUCAUUACCCAGUGGAUGGGACAUGAUAGGGAUGGAUUUGGUUGAAGGCAUAACUGAAGGCAUCACAACUCUGAUUCAUGGAAUAACAUCCAUAGGAUCUGAAGUAUUGACACAGAAGUCUUCUAAAGGAACUCAGUUAAAAGGUCAAGAAUCUGAAGCUGAUUCAUUAGAUGAAAUUGAUAUUUAUAGUAAAUCUGCAGAAAUCCUGAGAUGCACAGAGGAACUUCAAGAGUUUGUGAAGGACAAGACAAUCAACUGGAAAGAUCUGUAUGAUCAAAAACACAAAAUUACAAAAACAAAAUUCCAGGCAGAUCAGUUCAAACGAAUCAGGGAGAGUUUAAAUAAAAGCCCAAAUUGUAAAGCAAAAGAGGAAGCUCUAAACCUAUGUAACAAAGGCAUUGAGAUCUGUGAAGAAAUAGCAAAGUAUGCACCAGAGGAGAAAUGUGAUGAAGCCAAAACAAAUGAGUUGAUUGAAAUGAUCAGAAAACUGAAUGAAUCAGCUCGCAGUUUUGACAGCAAAAGUAAAGCUGUUACAAAUUCUCCUGCUCUGACUCCCAAACCACCAAUGAUGUACAAAGAAGAAAGUAAAUCUGGGAAAGCUUCAGAAAGGGCAUCAGAGAAUGCCAGGUUCCGCAUAGAGCAGAGCCGUGCUCAACUGGACAAGACCAGAGAGAUCUAUGAGAAGAGUGUAGAGAACAUGGAGAAGAACCAAAAGGAGCUGACUGAAAUCCUGAUCACCAUGAGGAGCUGUGAGGUCAAAGAGAUAGAUUUUAACACCACUAUACAAAUGCUGGGUAAAGGUAUGGAUGCCAUGGGGAGAGUGAAGGAGCAGUGGGAGAAGAUGGUGCGCUUCUUUCAGAUGGUGUCCAACAUUGUGAAAAUCCAGCUGACCAAAACCCUUAAAGAUUUUGUUUGCACAUCUGAGAAGACACAGAAACUUUCCUACAAUGCAAAGCUCUUCUCCAAAGAUCUGCUCUACAAUCAAGCCUUUCAAGCCUCUAACAUCGCCAGCCUUGUCAACAUGAUCUCUACAACCUACACUGAGGUGUCCACCAAGCACCUCAUGGAUCGUGUCAGCUCUCUGGGAAAACUGAUGGCCAUGGACAAGGAAAAGCCAGAGUUUCAGUCAGAGGUGGAGCAGUUACGGAACUCCUGUGAUGGGGCUCAGAGAGCCAUCUUAGCUCUUGUCCUCAAGAACAAGAAGGAGUUUGAAGAGAAGAGUCGUGCAAGACUGGAGAAGAUCGAUAAAGAGUUGCUCGCCAUUCUCCCUGCUGCUUCUCCAGAAGAGAUGAAGAGCAUUGAAACAGCUGUUCAAAGUGGAUUUACAGAGGAAGAGGAUGCAGCCUAUGCCUGAGUGAAUAAACAAAAAUCAUACUUCUCUACAAUUCCAUUCAAAACCUUAAAGCACAUGUAACAAUGAUAUUUAAUAAUAAUAAUUUGCCACAUAUACAUUACAGUGAAAUUCUUUUCUUUGCAUAUCCCAUCCUUGGAGGUUGGGGUCAGAGCGCAGGGUCAGCUAUGAUACAGACCCCCCUGGAGCAGAGUGGGUUAGGGGCCUUACUCAAGGGCCUGAAAGUGGCAACUUGGCAGUGCUGGGGCUUGAACCCCCAAUCUUCCAGUCAACAGCCCAGAGCCUUAACCACUUGAGCCACCACCACCCAUAUAUAAAUAUAAAUAGUAGUAAUAAUUACUGUAGAGAAUUUCUGAAAAAAAUAAAAGCUGAUACUGCUUCUUUCCAGCAUAAUUAAUGUCUGUGAUUUAUAUGUUCAGUAAAGUCUAUGUAAUAUUAACACAUUUAACACUGCAUGCUGAAUAAGAAAUAUCAUUUGAAUUAAACACAAUUUCACAAAAAGCAGCUUUGAUUUUAUAAAGUAAUUAUGCUGAAAUAUAUUCUCUUUCUGAUCAGUGGAAUUAUAAUUAUAAGUAACUCAUUGCAAGAUUCAUGUAAAAUCUCUAAAGUGCUUGCACUGAAUAAAUAUAUUU